CGACCAUUUAUUGGUAUUUUCAGAUAUUGUAAAAAAUGCAAAAAUCCUCAUUAAUAAGCCAUCGAUUCUCGUUCUGCAAAGUUUGUGGCGGGAAAGCCAAUGGAAAUCAUUUUGGAAUUCAAAGUUGUCGGGCGUGUGCUGCUUUUUUCAGAAGAGCAGCAAACUCAAAGUGGUCAUCAAUGAAAUGCACAACUUUUGGUUGUGCGGACAUGUUAGUCCCUUGCAAACCAUGUCGACUGAAAAGGUGUCAGGAGCAAGGAAUGAGCACAACUAAUUUUCAAUUCGACCGUGAUGCCCUGAAACGACUUUUAGUUCCAAAAUCUGUGGAGAAAUUUGUAGGAAGGCCUGAAUCUGUAAUUUUUUGUGACAUGACAGAAAGUACUUCGAAAACUUUUAUCGAUAUUCGACCACUUAUUGAAAAGACUUCUAAUAUCCUGAAAAAUGGAGCAGAGGGUCCGAUUUUUGGUAGAAAUCAACUUCAGAAGCUGGCGAAUGGAUUCGAAAAUUACACCAAUGAGAUUUCUGUGAAAAUGAUCAAGAAAAUCGGAAAAAGUGAGACGGCGGAUUGCUGGGAGUAUUAUAUUACGACAACUGCCAAAUGGCUUAAUUAUUUCAAUGGAUUCAAGCUCUUGUCACACGAAUUACAGCUAAAAAUCACACUUGCCGUCUGGCACGUCUGGGGUCGUUUGGAGAAGCACGCCAUCACCGCACUGCUCAGAAAACAGAAAAUGUUCACUGAUCGGCAGUCUAUCGUAGUUGGACGAAAUCUACUUAUCAAUUUGGAAGUAUUCCUAUACGAUCACACCUGGCUAACUAAAUAUGAGCCUGAGCAAGUUGAAUUCUUCACCGGAGUUAAAUCAUUGGAGCUUGAUGAGGUCAUCAGUUGUCUAGUAGACUUGGAGCCAACUCACGUGGAACUCACUUAUAUGCUGGCUCAACUGAGCUUUCAGUAUGCUGGUCAACGAUUUCAAGGCGAAAUUUUGAAGGCCACUGAAAAAUUUCAACAAAUAUUAUCAGAUGAUCUUCAUGAAUAUUAUACCAAUGAACUCGAAAAACCAAGAUACUCGGAUAGAGUUGCCAAAAUGAUGAAGUGUAACAAUAUAAUUCAGAAACACAUUCGAGAAAUCCGCCCGCGUGCUGACUUGGCCAGAACUUUCGAGAUUUUCUGUGUGGAAUUUUCGCAUCCCGAAGUGUUCCAUGAUACAGGAUUUUAAAUAAUUCAAUUGUUAAUAUCUUUUUCAAAUAUUGAUUUUAAAUGAAAAUUUUGUAUUUAUUGAAAAAAAAA